AAGCGGAUAGCAGACUCUGCUGUAUCAUGUCGUCGUAGUCGGGCUCUGCGGACGGAACCGACCUCAGUGAAACUAUGUUGUUUGAGAAGAAGUCCGACCGAGGCGGGUCCGUGAGGCCGGUUCUGUGGUUGGUGGCGGUUCUGGGGUGUUUGUUGGUCCGGUCCGGAGCGGAGGAGGACGGCCUGUGGUACCGGGACCUCUGCAGUUAUAAAUGGGAGGCUAUAGACCGGGAUAAUAAAGUGAGCUACACGCUGAAGCUCUGUGAGUCCUCACCGUUGACCGGCUGUGACCCCGGCACCGCCGUCUGCGCCCGGGACCUCACCACCAACACAAACCAGUCUGUCGGUGAUCUGUCCCUGCAGAAGCUCUCUGGCACCGUGCUGGAUUACAACAGCACGAAAAAAUGUCCAGGAAGCAACAACAACAUUCAGACCAGCAUCAGCUUCCAGUGUGGGAAAACCAUGGGGACCCCGGAGUUUGUCGCAGUGUCUCAGUGUGUUCAUUACUUUGAGUGGAGGACCUACGCCGCCUGCAAGAAUAAUAAGUUCAAGCCCCACAAAGAGGUGCCCUGCUAUGCGUUUGACUCGGACGGUAAGAAGCACGACCUCAACCCUCUGAUCAAAGUGAGAGAUGGCUAUCUGGUGGACGACAGCGACAACGACAUCGACUUCUACAUCAACAUCUGCCGAAGUCUCAACCUUCCAGACAAAUCCUGUCCAGAGGGCUCUGCAGCCUGUCUGGUCACCAGUCAGGGCUCCUUCAACAUGGGCUCUCCCACCAGUCAGCUAGAGCUGGUGUCCAGCGACAGACUGAGGUUACAGUACACAGUCAGUGCGGAUUCAGCGACUCCAGCCAGCUGCUUAGGACACGAUCCUGCAGUCACCAUCACUUUCAUCUGUCCAUCAAGCAGACAUUCAGGCAGCACUCCUAAGAUGACGGCAGAGUUGAACUGUCGCUACGAGGUGGAGUGGGUCACAGAAUACGCGUGUCACAGAGACUACCUGGAGAGCCAUACCUGCAAACUGACCAGCGAACAGCAUGACCUGUCCAUAGACCUAACACCUCUCACCUUGAGCUCUACAGAUAGUCCGUACUAUGCACAUUCUGGACCCAGUGACGGGGACGAAAGCUACCUGUACUACCUGAACGUGUGUGGACAGGUCACCACUAAUGAAUGUGGCGAAGACAAGUUUAUAUCGUCCUGCCAGGUGAAGAAGUCCGGAGACGUGAAGAAGGUGGCAGGAAAAUAUCACAACCAGACUCUACGUUAUUCAGAUGGAGAUCUGACUCUGAUCUACCCAGAUGGCACCCGAUGCUCCACUGGCUUCCAAAGAAUGACCAUCAUCAACUUUGAGUGCAACAAGAAUGCAUCCAACGGUGGGCGAGGGAAUCCAGUUUUUGCGGGGGAGACGGACUGCACUUAUUACUUUGACUGGGAGACAGCCUUCGCCUGCGUCAAGGAGAAGGAAGAUCUGCUGUGUCGAGUCAGAGACGGCAAAAAACACUAUGACCUUUCACCUCUCACAAGAUACCCUGGGUCGGAUGCCAGUGGGAACUGGGAGGCGGUGGAUGCUCAAUCUUCAAAGUCAGGCUCGCGUUUCUACCUGAAUGUCUGUCACAAAGUCAUCCAGUCAGGUGGUGCUGAUGGCUGCCCGGUGAAUGCCUCCAUCUGUGCCGUGGAUAAGGAUCAUAAGGCCAUCAGUCUGGGCAGCUUCCUCUCAUCUCCGCAGAAGACUAAAAUAGGAAAUGUGGGAAGUGACAUCAGACUGGUGUAUACUGAUGGAGAGUUUUGCAAUAAAAAGAUGAGGAUCCAAACGAUCCUCACCCUCAAGUGCAAACCAGGAGACCUGGAGAGCGCUCCUGUCCUUCGUAGCGUUUCGUCUGACGGAUGUGUGUACGAGUUGGAGUGGUACACUGCUGCCGCCUGUGUCCUCUCGAAGACGCGGGGCGACAACUGCAAGGUGGAGGACCCUCAGGCUGACCUCUCCUUCGACUUGUCGCCUCUCUCCAAAGCCGACGGUGGCUACUACAACCUGACCAGUGGCCACUAUGACUACUUCAUCAAUGUCUGUGGUCCUGUCAAAGCUGCCAGCUGUCCUGUAAAGUCCGGCGCAUGUCAGGUGGAAAAGAGUUCUUGGAGUCUCGGGGAAGCAAACUCCCGUCUGUCGUACUAUGACGGCCUGAUCCAGCUGACCUACAGUAACGGCUCUCAGUACAACAACAAAGAACACACUCUCAGAUCCACGGUUAUCUCUUUCCUCUGUGACCCAGAAGCUGGAGCUGGAAAACCAGAAUUCCAGGUUGAGGACAACUACACCUAUAACUUCCGCUGGUAUACAUCCUACGCAUGUCCCGAAAGGCCUCAUGAGUGUUUGGUGACAGAUCCCAACACUCUUGACCAGUACGACUUAUCCAGCUUGUCACGCUCCACCACCGGUAGCAACUGGCAGGCCAUGGAUUUGACUGCAAACACAAAGUACUACAUCAACAUAUGUCGGCCUAUCAACGCUGUUCAAGGCUGCGACCGCGACGCGUCCGUCUGCCAGAUGAACUACGUACAAGACAAGGGCUCUCCAAAGGAGGUCGUAUCAGUCAGUAACAUGGGUAUUUCCAAGCGAGGGCCGAUCAUCGAGGGACGGGACCGGCUGCUGCUGGAGUUCACAGACGGCUCUGCCUGCAUGUCGGAUGGCCAGAAGCUCACAUACACAACACGCAUCCACCUGGUCUGCUCCAGAGGAUCUGUGUCAGUGGGUCCGCGGUUCCUCAUGUACCAGAACUGUACUGCCAACUUCAUGUGGGAGACCAGGGCAGCUUGUGCCAUCACCACCACCAAGAACAAUAGCUGUGCUGUGGUGGACCCCAACACUGGCUUUGAGUUCAACCUUCAGCUUUUGGCCUCUAAGACUGGAUACAAGAUAAAUGCGAAUGGCAAGGACUUCCUGGUGAAUAUCUGCUCAGACAUAGCAGCCUGUGGAAAAGACAUGGCUGGCUGUGAGCUGGAAGACGGGCGUCCUGUGAGCCCAGUGGGGGUCGAGAGGACCCUCCAGUACUCCACAGAUGGCCUGUUCUCGCUAACAUAUAAGGGACCCGUGGACAGUCCCACAGCAACUCGGGACACCUUCACCAUUAACUUCGUGUGUGAUCCGAACUCUCACCCUGGCUCGUUGAAACUGGUGCAAGAGGACAUGAGUUCCUUACCUAACCAUGUGGUCCACAACGUCCUUUUUGAGUUCUCCACUGCUCUGGCCUGCAUCCCUGCUCCAGUUGACUGCCAGAUCAUUGAUUCUCACGGUAAUGAGUAUGACCUGAGUCACCUGAUCCGGAAUGGAGACGACAGCCCCUGGAUCGCCAUAGACACAGAUGUGGGCAAAUCACGCAGCUUUUACAUCAACGUCUGCAAACCCCUCCCCCCUGUGAACGACUGUCCAGUGGGUCCUUUGGGUGCUUGCGGGAUGAUUGAGGGAAAGAGUUACAACCUGGGAUACGUCCAGUCCAGCCCGCAGGCGGCGGAGGACGGCUCCAUCAGCAUCGUCUACCAGAACGGAGACAAGUGUGAUUCCUCGUCCCACUACUCCACACGCAUCAUCUUCCAGUGUGACGACAACCCAGGCUCCCCCAUGUUUGACCGUAAAGAUGGCUGUGAAUAUGUCUUCAUCUGGAGGACAUCUGAGGCCUGCCCUAUCAAGAAGUCUCAAGGUGAUGACUGUCGGGUCCGUGACCCGAGGAGUGGCUACGAGUUCGACCUGAGCUCUCUGAAGGGUAAAGAUUACCCCGUCAGGAGUCAGAAGUACAUCUACCACCUGUCGAUCUGCGGGGGGCUCCAGAGAGGCAUCUGCACCCACAAAGACACAGGCUCUGAAACUGUCGGCUCCUGCCAGGUGGAAGGAAGUAACCAUAAGAUUGGAGGAUUGGCAAACCAGGUGCUGAAUUAUGUGGGAGACCAGCUCAUCCUGAACUACACCAGCGGAGAGAGCUGUCACAGGAUAUACCAAAGAUCCACAGAGAUCUACUUCUCCUGCCACCCUGACAGGCGUCCUGGAGUACCAGAGUUUAUCAAGGAGACUCCAGACUGUACCUACCUGUUCAGGUGGCCCACCGCUCUGGCCUGCAUCCCAGUCAAAACCACCAGCUGCUCCUACAACGAUGGGCAGGGCCACUCGUACGACCUCUCUCCUCUGGCUAUGGACUCUCGAAACUGGGAGGUGGAGCCCUCUACAGACGACACGGAGAAACAAUUUUACAUCAACGUCUGCAGGUCGCUGGUGCAGCAGGGAGGUUCAUGGAAGUGUCCCUCCAGUGCAGCAUCCUGUGUGAAGGUUGGAGAUAAGUAUGUGAAUCUGGGGCAGGUGGAGUCUGGUCCUACGUGGGACAAAAGUGUCCUGAAGCUGCAGUACACCAGCGGCCAGGCCUGUCCUGACGGAAUCCGCAACAGGAGCAGUAUCAUCCGCUUUAAGUGUGAUAAAGACAAAGUGGACUCCCGGCCUACUCUGAUCUCUGCCAUUGAGGACUGUGUGUACACUUUCCUCUGGUUAACAGCUGCUGCCUGCCCUCUGAACAGCGUCCAACACGACGACUGCAGGGUUACCAACCCUGCUACAGGUCAUUUGUUUGAUCUCAACACCCUGUCAAAGGAGGGAGGUUACACUGUGUACGAUCAUCAGGAUUACAGGAAGAUGUUCCGCAUGAACAUCUGUGGAAACAUGACCAGCGCUGGAUGCAGCCCUGAAACCGCUGUGUGUAUUAAAGAUGCCAGUACUGCGGUGAGCGGCGGUCAGGUGAGCAGGAAACUCUCGUACAAGGAUCACAUUCUGGAGCUGACGUACAAAGACGGAGGUCCCUGCCCAGCAAACCCCAGUCUCAAACAGAGCACCAUCAUCCAGUUCAUCUGCAGGCCCGCUAACAUGGGCUCAGCGCCUCCAGAGCCGGUUCUCAUCGACUCAAAUGCUGAGACUUGCACACACUACUUCUCUUUCCACACACCCCUGGUCUGUGAGCAGCCGGUGAAGUGUUCAGUCCAGAAUGGCUCUGCUCUUAUAGACCUGACUCCACUGAUUCAUGUCAGCGGGUACUACACAGCAACAGAUGAGACAGUGGAAAGUGAUGGAUCUCCAGACUUCUACAUCAACAUCUGUCAGCCUCUAAACCCCAUCCCCGGGGUCACCUGCCCCGCUGGAGCUGCCGUCUGUAUGGAUCCUGAUCAUGGACCUCCUGUGGACAUUGGGCGGACUACCAGCGGUCCUGAAAUCAGUAGUGCAACAGGGGAAGUGUCCAUCACUUACAACAGCUCCACCAAGUGCGCAGCUGAUCCUGCACAGAACUACACCUCGACCAUCAUCUUCACCUGCCAGAGAGGCCUGGAGCUGGGCUCUCCACAAAUGCUGAGGCUGCAGGGAUGUGUCUAUUUGUUCGAGUGGGCGACCCCUAUAGUCUGCUCAGACGCCACCCACACAAGCGGCUGCAAACUCACCGACUCUCAGCUCCAGUUCACUUUUGACCUCUCAGCCCUCUCCGGUGAAGUCCAGGUCCCAGCGGGCUCCAGCAGUUAUCACAUCAACGUCUGCAGCUCAGUGGCAGAGCCAGCCUGUAAGAAUAGCGCAGUGUGCCGGGUGUCUGGUUCUGGUUCAGACAAGUCAGCUUCAUCAUUUGGCAUCAGCCAGGCCAUGACGAUGGACUUCAAACAUGAUGAGCAGGCUGUACUGAUGCAGUACGGUGGAGGAGAUCCUUGUCCACCUGUGACAACUGAGGGUGAGGUGUGCGUGUUCCCCUUCAUUCUCAUGAAGGCAUCGUAUACAGAGUGCACCAUAGAAGCGAGGACAGAUGGCAGGAAGUGGUGUGCCACCACUGACAACUAUGACACGGACAAGAAGUGGGGAUUCUGCAGUGAAGCUUCUGGAAAGCGUCAGUCCUCCAUUUUGUUCACCUGUGACCAGUCCGCAGGCCACGGCACUCCACAGCUGCUCUCGGAGACGGCAGGUUGUUCAGCCACGUUUCAGUGGCGGACCAACGCCGUUUGUCCCCCGAAGAAGAUGGAGUGUAAGCUGGUCAGCCAGCACCAGACCUUCGACCUCCGAGCCUUGUCCUCUCUCACCGAGCCGUGGAAGUUUAGCCACAAAGGAGAUUCGUAUUUCAUCAACCUGUGUCAGGGUAUCAACGGUGGAUUACCAGGUUGUCCAGAAGGAGCAACCGUGUGCCGACACCUAGCAACGGGACAGACCCAGACCCUGGGCCGAGUUUAUACCCAGAAAAUGAGCUACACCGAUGGAAAGAUCUCUGUCAGUUACUCAGCGGGAGACAAUGUCUGUGCUAACGGCGUGAAGGCCAAGACUGUGAUCCAGCUGAGCUGUGGCACCACCGUUGGACACCCGGCACUCAUCAGUGUUGAUGAGGCAUCCUGUGAGUUUGUGAUUGGCUGGGAGACUCGGUCGGCAUGUGCGGUGAAACAGCGUGAGGUUGAGAUGGUGAAUGGGACGAUACAGGUUCCUGACACUGGAGCCAGCCUCAGUCUGGGAGUACUCUACUUCAGCCCCCAUCAGGCAUCCGGAGACAUCCGUCCGAACGGCGACCGCUACAUCUACCACAUUCAGUUGUCAGGACUUACCAACAACUCCCUGACCAGCUGCGUUGGCGCCAACAUCUGCCAGGUUAAACUCAACGGGCCCUACAGGCGCAAGAUUGGCUCCUCCAGCAAGGCCAAGUACUACAUUAAAGGAGGAAACCUGGAUGUGAUGGUGACCUCUGACUCAACGUGCGGGCGGGAGAAAACCAAAACGGUGUCAUCCACCAUCAUGUUCCACUGUAACCCCUCAGCAGGCGUCGGCAUCCCCGAGUUUAUGCUGGAGACGGAUGAAUGCCAGUAUCUGUUUGUGUGGCACACCGACGCUGUGUGUGGUCUCACAACUGUUGACGCAAAGUCAUACAAUGACGACGCCGAGACUCCAGCUCUCUCUAGGCGGAGCCAGGCGCUCGGGGUGAUGCUGUGCCUCUUGUUAGUGGGCCUCACUGUCUGUCUGCUGGGACUUUUGCUCCACAAGAGGGAGAGGAGAGAGCUGGUGAUCCAGAAGGUUGCUGGCUGCUGCAGGAGAGGAAACCAAGUCUCCUAUAAAUACUCCAAGGUCAACAUGGAUGAAGAAGGAGGUGAAGAGGAGAUGGAGUGGCUGAUGGAAGAACUCGAAGCACCUCCCACAUCCUCUUCCUCGUCCUCCCACCGCGGCAGGAGUAACCACGGCAACGGUCACAUCACGACCAAGCCGGUGAACACAGACGGCCUGCGCUCCUUCUCGCUGGACGACCCGGACGACGACAGCGAGGACGAGGUGCUGAGCGUCCCGGGGGUGCGAGUGGUCAAGUCCUCUGGAGCCUCCAGGCAGUCGGCGGCCAACCGCAGCGCCUUCCUUCAGGAGGAGAGCGACGAGGACCUGGUCGGCCUCCUGGAAGAGUCAGACAGGAAGAGGAAGAGCGGCAAGCCUCGCUCCUCGGGCCUUAACCGCGGCAACAACACGGCAGCCAACAGGAAACGGGACGAGGAUGACAGUGACGAGGACCUCCUCAGGGUGUGAUGUCACUUCCUCCUUCACGCUCCCUUCCUCCCUCCAAUCUGAACUCUUCUCUCUCAGUGAAUGUCUCCAUAAUAGCAACAACAACGAUGAGAUACCAACAACAUAUUGAAAGCAGAAACCGUUCCUCUCUUUUGGGAUUUUCUUUUGCGUUGGACUGCACCUUUACUCCUCAGAAUCUAUCCAGUCCACUGUCUACAGACUGUCGAUGGUAGCAAAUGGUUUCUUAUUUAUUGAUGGCUGAUUAUUAAAAGUGUUCUGCAGGCCACUUAUGACCUGCAUCCUAUUUUCUCAUAUUUUUGCCAUAAUUGUGAAAUUAAAUAAUUUACUUCACUUCUACUUCGCCACAUUUAUCUAAAAUACAUGAAACAGGCCAGUUGAAAGUCUUAAAAAUCAACUCCAGAGAAGCAAAAAGCAUCUUUCUCUACGUGUAUGUUGACUGCAAUGAGGCAUAUGAGUGAAAAUUACAUAACUGAAUGUCUUUAUUUUCUGUUGGAGUUUGGAAAUGAAGCUGUGCCAUUGCUUGAGCACUUUAUUGUAGCAUUGAUUUACUGAAAGUAAAACUGUGUCAUUGCAGACUGAGACGAUGAAAAGAAAGACUCUGGCUACCUUUGGAGUUGAUUUUUGUCUUCGUCCAUUGGUCCAUUAGGACUGUAUUUCAUAACUGUGGUGGGAUGUUGCUCAAUAGCGAAAGAAAGUAAAGGCGAAUCGGACCAGUUCCCCUGAUGUAGGCAGUGAAGGUGUCUGCUUGUGUUAAGGGACGCGAAUCGAUAAGAUUUUAUUGAUAAACGCCGAUGCCGUUGUCAGUUCUGCCCAACUGGAACGGGUUCUGGAUUCCCGUCCAUGCUUGUGUUGUUUCUAAAGGGAAUGAAGACACCCAUUUGUCUUUUCUUGUUGUUUACAGUUGCUAUAAGAGCAGUUCCUUUCUCUUUCUUUCCCCUCGAAAAAGAGAGCGCAAUGCCUUCCUGAAGAUGAAUUUACUUCGCAUUUUCAUCGAUGAAUCGUGUCAGGCGACAGAUAGAUUUUUGUCUUGUUUUGAUCAGAGACAUUGUACAUAGAUGAUAAUGUUCUAUAAUAUGGACGUUUUGUUUGUUUGUUUGUUUGUUUGUUGGUUGUCUUCACCGGUUAAUUGCUCACACGUUUUUUGUUUUUAUGAUUAUUUAAGUGGUUGUCUGAGCUGAUUAUCUGUACGAAUCUCUGUUCUGUGCGAAAAAUAAGAGGUGGCCUUAAGUGUGAAUGGACGGUGGACGAGGACGGAGGUUGAAAGUGAGAUGUUUAGUUUAGGUCGUGUUGGUUUUGAAGUCCCCCUCUCGCCAAAGCCAUAUUUCUACAGACACCGCUGGCACUAAUGUAUGGAAGUUGGACUUUCCGCUUGCACGCUCUCGUACAUUAAAGGCUCAGUUUUGGGAUUCAGGUCUGUGAUUGUGGAUGUUGCUGCAUCAAUAGUGAGAUUUUAACUCGGUAAAAAAAAGCCAAGUUUUUGUAGUGCCGAAAUCAGCCCUUUUUAGCCAAAUGCAUGUAAGACAAAAGAAAGAAGUGAAGCUUAAAUGUAUCAAGAAUGCAGGCAGUUGACUUACAUUUGACAUAUUUUCUGCUUGUUAAUGAAACUAGUGUUUUCACACAGGGUGUCAGUAAUAGUGUUCACACUUUUCUAAAAGCAAAAUCAACGCGACUGCAGUGUUGCCACAUAAGAGUGAUAUGAGUAAGCCCACACAGUAUAAACACAGAGUAUUUUGGAUGCCGUCCCACUUGCAGGUUCUUGUCUUCGGUCCCAGUCGAAGAAGUUCUUGUGAAGCUUGUAUCUUUUUGGUUUUACACGUUUAGAACACAGACUUGGGGAACUCACAAAUAUCUGAACUUCUACACCAUUGUAGGUUUUUGUAACGUCUCUUGCUUCAGAGGUUCUGGCAUUGAGUCAAAUUCAGGGUUCGCACGCGUCCCCGCAAAACCUGGGAAUUUAGAGGCUAGUUUUUCAGUCAUGGAAACACCGGGAAGUUGAUUAAAAUGACCAAAUAUUGCGGAUAUCUUUUACUUCCUGUAACUUUAAUUAAACAUGGUGGACUUGCGCUCUUUGCUGUAAUUUAUCUUUUUUUGGUGUGCAUACCAGUUAAGAACAUAUUACAUGUUUUUUAUAAUGGAUUAAUCUGUUGAUUAUUUUUUAAUUAAUCAUUUCUAACCAUAGAAUAUCACAAGUUCAGGGUUUCUUCAAACGUCUUUUGUCUGAACAUCAGUCCAAAAUCCAAAGAUAUAGAGAAAGUUAAUCAUUUAAGUGAGUUAAGUUAAAGAGUUUCUUUUUUGUCUGGUCAAAAUAAUGUUUUUUUGAUUAAUCAAAGAAGUGAUCAAUAGAUUAAUCCAUCUCCUUAUAUCAGUAAAUACUUGUAUUUUAACUGGACAUUUGUGAGUUAUCUUACUGUAGGUGUUUUAUUCUCACCUGGCCAAACAAACAGAAAGAAGAAACUGUUCCACAGAUUGAUUAAAGCACUCCAAAUUUUACUCUCGGUGAAUAUUCUGCCUUGGGCGCGCACUUGUAGAUGAAUUGACGGAUUUUGUAUUGAUUUGCAAUGACAAAUGUAGUGCAAUUACACAGACUAUGAGUAUUUAUUACAUUUAGUACAUUAUCAAUCAGGGAAAUGACGGUAGAAUCACUUUUGGGUUUUCUCAGUAUUCAAUCCACAGAAACUAGUUAUUAACUAAACAUAUUAUGUUGUUGCUAAAAUAUCCCAUCAAUCAAUCAAUCAAUCAAUAACGAGGGUACACCAUUCAGGGUAUUUCUAAAGCUUUGUACACAAAAUUUGUUAAACAAGUUUUUUGUAAGAUGCCACUUCAGAAAUUCAAAAAUAAACAGACAAAAAAUAACAAAAAGGAUUAAAAAAAAAAAAAAAAAAUCUAAAGUUGGCAUUUGCAUUGGAAACAUCAGUAUUUUAUAUGGAUGAGUUUGAGAUGUGCCCUAAUAAUGAACAAAUAGAAAACAUCAUCAUGUUCCUGUCCCUUUGCUGUGUUAUCUCUGAAAACUGAAAUGUAACUUUUCAAACUCCAGACAGCUCAAAACAGAUUGAAGGCUUGUGAGCUCACUUAUCAAUGUAAGAUAAGAUGUUCCUUUAUUGAUCCCCCGUAGGAGAAAUUCAACAAUCUGUUAGUUUGUUGAAGGUCUUUGUAGGAUAACCAUAUCGUUAAGCUUCUGAUCUGAAGUUUGAAUGUGUUUUUACUCAAAGAAAAAUGUACCUUUUGAGAGCAUAAAGAACAAGGUUAUAGUACAAAGUAAACGGGGGAAGUUUCCAAAGAACAAUAUAAGAAUCCAUAUUUAUUAUUAAAAUAUCAUUCUAAGCAAAAGUUAUAUAACCGAGCCUGUUGUUGUCAGACUUUUUUAAUCAAAGUUAAUUUUAAACAUUCUCAUUCUUUCAGCAUCGGGGACCUCAGCUGUUGUUCUGAAAGCUUUUUACUUUAAAUGUCUCACCCUGGUAGAAGGAGGUUUGAACUGGAAUGAAAGCAUCUACCUGUGUUUGGCACUUUGCACUCAACUCAUCUCUCCUGGGGAGACGUAGUAGCACUCCACAUGUCAGAGAAGCAGAUGGAACCGUUCAGUAUGUGAAGUCCUUUUUACAUUGUUGCAUUAAGUCUGUUUCUGCUGUAUUUAGCACCAAAGUUUGUGUGGCUCAUCUGCAUGGUACUGUGCUGAACCUUCUCGUUCCUAUGACGAUAUGAAUGGAUAUUCUUGUGCUUUUUUUUUGCCUGCACUCGAGCAGAGAACCGUUUUGGGGUUACGUGAAACUAACCCAACCCUGAGAUCAAGAGUUGAAUUCAGGACAAUGAAGUGAAGUGACUAAAAAAAAAAAAAAAAGUACAAGAAACGUUCUGUGAUGAUUCGGUACUAUGGGGGAUCAUUAUUAUGUUUUAGUUGGUGUAAGUUAUGUUGUCUCAUAUGUUUUUCAGCUCUUUGCCUGUUUUCCUAUUUAAAAAAAAACAUUGAUGUAAAAAAUAUUGCAUUAUUUGAAUAAAUAAGAUCUGCUGUUUA